AUGAGUUCCGCCACGCCAAUUCAAUACCCUCCGGAAUUGCUCUUUAGAAUCUGCUCUCACGUCUAUUCUGCUUGCCUCCCACCUGUUAAUUCAUCCCUUGACCCAUUCAUAACCAUAGAAUGUGGCGUGCCUACUUCAUUACCCUCUUCAGUUCCUCCUGGCAAUUGGUCCGAACCUAUGACUCGACGCACUCUUGCCAACCUUUGCCUCGUGAAUCAUGAUUGGUAUGACGCCGCCAAGCCGUGGCUCUGGCGGAAACUAGAGGUUCGACUCCCUCGCAGCUGGCUUUCAUUAGUGGAUGAGAUCGCUUGGGAGUAUGAUGAAGAGACUGUGGACCAAGUCAUGGAGAAAACUGCUAAAGCUGCAGCAGAGACUGCAGUCAAAUCUGGUAUAUCCUCCAUUCCGACAGACAAGGAGGCCACACGGAAAUUACAAGAGUCCAUACUCUCUUCCAUUCAUACGCCAGAGGACAUUAUAUCUCCCGACUUGUUGUCACCGAUGGCGUCUCGAGAGCCCAGUCCACGACGUUUCAGACACAAGAGCAAAAGUCCAGCACGCUGGGAGCUUGUUCGUUCCAUCAGUACAGCUAUCCAGGAUGUAAUGGAGCGCCAGGAUCCGGCCGUAUAUAUUCCGACACCUCAAGAUACACGUCCUGGUCGUUUCAUACGGCAUCUUGAUUUCAAUCAUUUCCGUACAAUCGGCAUGCGCAGGUCUGUCGAGGAGGGUGUAAAUAGCCGCUUCGUAACGGGGGACCGCGUUGAAGCUGUGCUUAAAGAAAUGCCAAAUCUGAUCACAUUUGGCGCCACGGAAUAUAUGGAUGGUGCGCUGACCUUCGCAGUUCUAAACGAACUGUUCCUUCGCGGAGCCCCUUCCCGAGGCCGUGGUCGCAAUUCUCGUGGCCGUGCCCUCACCGAUACCCAUGAGGCCGACGACGAAGACAGAGAACGGCGACGCCAAUGUUUAGACCUUGAGGCCGUGGAUCUGACUGGAUGUGUCAGUGCGGUUUUUGUCAAGGCGCUUACAGACUUUGUAACGUGCCAUAUCAUUCAAAGCGACGCAGAUUUUGAGAGCGGGGCUGGUUCUUCCAGACGUUUACAAUCCGAAGAUCAGAUGACUUUUCCUGGUCUUCAGCGACUUGGUCUGCGCGGGGUUAAAUCAAUUUUGCCCGACAUCCUGACACCAUUUGUCCUUGCCUUUCCUUCGCUUACUCAUUUGGACCUUUCCGGCACUCGCGUGACUCCAGAACUGUUGGCGGAGUUGGGAAGGUCGUCGACUGUGCGUUUGAGCUCCCUCGCUCUCGCACGAUGCGUACGGCUGACCGGAGAAAGUAUCAAAGCUUUCCUCAUCGACUCCCCAGUUAGCGCUGGAAUCUUAGAACUCAACUUGUAUGGUGACGCGACGUUUGGCUGCCCCCUCUCUCAUGAACAGUUGAAGGCCGUCGUUUCUUUCGCUCCUUGCUUCGUAAGCGGGGAACUUCUGUACCUUGAUCUGUCGAGCGCACCGAUUAACGAGGAGGUCUUCCAAGCCUGUGUUCCCCUUCCAAAAUUACGCUCAUUCGGCCUAUCGCACGUUCCUGAUGUGCGUCUCGGUGUAAUUGCGGGGUUUUUGCAGGCAAAAGCUAGCAAUGUUGAGGUGCUAACGCUGAUUGGUACAUCGUCAGAAUUAGACUGUGGUAUGAGGCCGGGGUUGGGCGAGAAUGGCGCUCCUCGAGGAUCAUCCCGCCAGUCAUGUAUCGCCCUACACUCCUAUGUCAUCCGGCCGCUAUGUUCUCCGCCUUUUUCUUUUAGCCUCACAGCGCCUUCGGGAUCGAAGCCACCGCCGACGCGACUUAGAGUUAUUGAGCUGUCGACGGCUAUGCUUUGCGGAUUAGGAGCUGGUGCGGGUAGUUGGAGAACUGUACGCAGCAAAGGCGGAAGGGGAUGGUACGUGGACACUGCAUCUGGUUGGGUAGCGCAAUCUGGAGAGAGUCAGCUAAGAACAGAUUUGGAGCCCGAACAUCCAUUGAGGGUUGAGUUAGAGAAGCUAUCAGAAGCCAAUGGAAACGUGAGCAGUGGUGUUGGAUGGCACGCAAGAAAGAUGGAGAUCUUGCAUGGAUACGGAAUGCUCGGACGGGAGGAUGGGCUGUACGGUGCUGUUUCUUUUGCAUAUCAGGGUUGA